UUAGGAAAAUAUAGAAUAAUUCAGUAUAAACAAUCCUUCAAAUGAACCGAUCUGAAAUAGCUCUUAAUGACGACUAUGAGCACCCAGAUAGUCUGGAGUAUGUAUUGGAAUCUGUGUUAAUGCCCAGCGAUGACAGUUUAGAUUUUGAACGUUUGGCGGAUGAGUACAAUUCUGUUCUUCUAAACCAAUGCCAAUGCAAUGGAGCCUGUGAAAAGAGUGAAAUCUGUCCCCAUGGAGGUCAAUAUGAGUACCCAAAGGACGGCAUAGAACUAGUUUUAAAAAAGUUCUCAAAUCCCGUCAUUGAGUGCAAUGAUUUAUGCAAAUGCAGUCGAAACUCCUGCUCCAAUCGACUUGUGCAGUACGGUCCAAGGAAAAAUCUGGAAAUAUUCGAUUCUCCAGUAUACGGAUCGAAAGGUCUGCGAACUACAAUAAACAUUCCAGAAGGUGGAUACAUAUGCGAAUAUGCCGGAGAACUUUUGACUGCAUCUGAGGCCAAAAGACGCUUGAAGAUUAAUGAAGAACUUGGCCUGAUGAACUAUGUACUGGUUCUGAAUGAAUACACCAGCGAAACAAAGCAGCAGGUGACCAUCGUGGAUCCUUCAAGACGUGGGAACAUCGGGCGUUACCUAAACCACAGCUGUCAACCAAACUGCCACAUAGCAGCGGUACGAAUAGACUGUCCCAUACCGAAAAUAGGUAUUUUUGCUGCUCGGGAUAUUCUGGCCCAGGAAGAAAUGUGCUUUCAUUACGGCGGAGAGGGGCAGUAUAAAACGUUAGCAUAUGGAAAGACUUGCCUCUGCGCCGCUCCAAAUUGCACGGGAUUUAUGCCAAACACUGCAAUUGAAUAAGAAAUAAGUUAUUCUGAUGAUUCGAUUAUAAGUCUGUUUAAAUA